AUGCCAGGCGUUGACGCCACAGAGGAGUUCAACGCCAUCCACAGCGCAGAGGCCAAGGCCCUCCUCAAAAGGUUCAGGAUCGGCGCCCUGAGCGGCCCCAAACCAAAGCCCGUCGCUGUGGCCGCCUCCGCCUCCAUCUCCGCGGCCGCCGCCGCCGCCGCCGCCACAGCAGCAGCAGCAGCAGCCGCGCCCGCGUCCACGGCAGCAGAGGCCGUGCUGGCGGAGGUCCGGGAGCUGCGGCCCCCCUCCCCGCUCCCGCCGCCGCCGCCCGCCGCGGCCGCGGUGCCGUCCGCCGAUGACGUCGCGGUGAUGUCAGCGCCGGUGGCGCUGGCGGACCCGCGGGUGCGGUACAACCUGCCCCUGGAGAGCAGCCAGCGGCUGAGUCACGACACGUACCUCAUGCGUUUUGCGCUGCCCAGCCCGCAGCACCGGGUCGGGCUGCCGUGCGGGAAGCACGUGUUUCUGUUUGCAGACAUCGGCGGGGAGCUGGUGGCACGCGCCUACACGCCCCUCAGCAGUGACAGGGACCUGGGGCGGCUGGAUCUGCUGCUUAAGGUGUAUUGGGCUGGGGAGAACCCCAGGUUCCCAGAGGGGGGCAAGAUGAGUCAGCACCUGGCACGGCUCAAGCCCGGCGACACCAUCAGUGUCAAGGGGCCGAUGGGCAAGUUUGACUACGCGGGGGCGGGAAGCUACGUAUUCAACAGGCGGCCAGGCUCUGCCAGGUGGCUGUCCUUUGUCGCCGGCGGCUCAGGCAUCACCCCCUGCUACGCGGUCAUCCGUGAGGCGCUGAGCGACCCUUCAGACCCGACGCGGCUGUCGCUGUUGUAUGCAAACAAGGGGGAGGGCGACAUCUGGCUGCGGCACGAGCUGGACGCAUUUGCAGCCAAGCACCCCGACAGGUUCACUGUGAGGUACGUCCUGGAGCAGCCGCCACACGGCUGGGCCGGCUCCAGCGGCAGGGUGACCCUGGACAUGCUGGCGCAGCACCUGCUGCCGUCGGGCCCCAACUCCCUAGCCCUCAUGUGCGGCCCGCCUGGCAUGAUCGAGAUGGCGGUCCUGCCUGGCCUGCAGCAGCUGGGCUUCAAGGGGGCGCAGGGGGACAGGGAGGACAUUGUCGUGUUCUGA